AUGCUUGUCGGACCAUUUUCUAUAACCUCGAACCGCUCUGCAGUUUUUCAAGCCACCGUCCCAGUUCGCAGCAUCUCUUACACCUUCAUUUAUCGGAAUCCGUCACUCUCAUGGCGCAACCAAAUUUUCCAAUUCUUGGUUACGUUCGAUGCGACUACUUGGGCCCUUAUAUUUGUCUCAGCCGCAAUUGUUGGAGCAUCACUUGCAGUACUGCAUAGAAUCAAACCUGGAAGCACUAGUUAUACACUACGUCUCUCCUUGCUCUUUGCUUUCGGCUAUCUGUUUCAAGGUGUGAGAACACGGCCUCCCACAUAUGCGUCAAGUCAAAUUUUGAUCAUUGUGUGGUGGUUAUUCUGUCUUAUUCUCGUCAUCGCAUUUUGUGCAAAUUACGCCGCCUUUAGAUCCUUCAAUGCUCUCGAAAACCUCCCCAAUUCUCCUAUCACGUUGCUUCAUCAAAAGUACUUUAAAUAUGCCUAUAUCAAGGAAUCGAAUAUGGGUUAUUUGAUGGGCAAAUCGCUGGACUCUGCAAUAUAUUCCCUGUAUCAGAUGAUCAAUACAAAGUUCAAAUAUAUGAUUCCAAAUAGCAGAGACGAGGGAAUCAAUGAAGUUAUAAAGGGAAAAUUCGCACUGCUAGAUGAGUCUCCAUUCAGUGAGUACUAUGCAAGGAAAUACUGUCUCAAGUCUAGUCCGUCUCUUUGGUUUGGAACAUAUGUCUUCUUUAUGCCCAAGAAGCUGUCUUAUGGAGCGAUAAUUAGUGAAGAGAUAAAAAAGAUGAGAAGUGACGGAACACUGGAAAAAAUAUACAAAUCGGAGGAGAAUAAAAUGAUGUCAACCCUGCCAACUUACUGCGGAGCAAUGCUUGAAGAUCAGGCUCUUGGGGCAAUGUUGAAUCCCCUGAUCGAUUGGUCAGACUAUUCUGUGGAAUUAGCUACCGCUGUUGGAAUAUUCAUUGCUAGUCUAAUUGGUCUCUUAAUAGUUCUUAUCACACUCUUGGUUGAAUAUCUCCUCGGUAUCUACAAGGAAGCGAUGAUAGAUAAGGACUGUCAUCCAGUGAUUCUGUAA